CAAAAGAGAAAGCGAAGUAAUGAAAAUGUCAAGUUCAGGAGGUCUCUCCUUCCUCCGCCUCCUCCUCUUCAUAUGUGCUGCUGCUUCCACCACCACCCUCGUCGGCGCCACCGACCAUAUCGUCGGAGCCAACCGAGGUUGGAACCCCGGAAUCAACUACACCCUCUGGGCAAACAACCAAACCUUCUACGUCGGCGACCUCAUCUCUUUUAGGUACCAGAAGAACCAGUACAAUGCAUUCGAAGUGAACGAGACGGAUUACGACAACUGCACUCUUUAUGGGGCCGUCGGGAACUGGAGCAGCGGCAAGGAUUUCAUCCUCCUUGAUAAGGCGAAACGCUAUUACUUCAUAUGCCCCAAUGGUUGCUUUAAUGGGAUGAAGGUCUCCGUCCUCGUUCACCCUCUCCCGUCACCGCCGACUGCCGCUGCUUCGUCUGGGCACUCAUCAUCCAACAAAACCGCCGCCUCCGGUCAAGCUGUUUCCCGGCCGGGGUUCUUCAUCAUCAUAGGGGCUUUGCUGGUUUCGCUUUCCUCGAUCUGGGUUUGAAUCUACCAUGAACUUAUGGACUUAUUAUGGUUAGUUUUGUGUAAUGUGAGUCCCCACGCACUCUGCAAGUUAUUUUCUUUGAUCAAUUUUUUCGAGGAGUCUUUGUUUUACUUGGUGCUGAGUCUAUGUAAUGAAGCAUUGAAGCUGUAAGGCUUUUAUAAAUUUUUAAACUUUUCUACCCAAUA